AUGGAUGCUCUACGGAAGGUCUUAGCUGAUGGGAUUAGGACCGAGAGUUCCACAGAGCAGUAUCUCAAGGGGAUUCAUCUUCUAUGGAACAUGGUUUUCGAGGAUAAAAUGCCCGAGGACCCUUCGUGGAUAAAGAGUAAGGCUCAGAAGAUCGUUGCAGCUGUUCUAGAGCGCUAUGAUAACCCUGGAAGCAGGCGUACUCGCUUAGCCCCUUUUCUUGCUAUUUGCCGCAAACUCGGUUAUGCGGAGGCUUAUCAAACCUACUAUGAGCCGUUUCGGAAGGAAAACAAGGCUCUGAAGGAGUCCGCUCAACGAAAGAUUGAGACCAAGACCUCGGACGCCACAUCAGAGAUGACCGUUGAAGAGGUCGAAACAUUCGGAAAGAAGCUCGCACGCAAGGUCAGACAGUUGAGUCUCGAAGACAUGAAUCGAGAUCUCACUCCUAAGGAGAUAUCACGACAGAAACUCGCAGGGGGGCGACGACAAUCAAGCGCGUGCAGCGUCAGGUUCCUGUUUGAGAAGAAAAUGGCUAUCACAAACUUUGUGAUCACAGUGGCCGCCGUCGGCGCGGUCGCCCUGAUGUUAAGAGGCGAUGUCAAGCAGACGGCCUCGAUCCUGAGGCGGAACGUGCGGAGCGUAAGGGAGUGGCUAGAGGCCGAGAGCGCAGCAGCUCAAAAGUCGGCUUCAAAGCGGCCGGAGAUAGAGUCGUCAAAACCACCGGAACGCAAGGUUGACAAAGACUGAUUGGGAAAUUGGAGCACGCCUUACAACGUCGUGCCGCCUGGUUACCGGCAUGUUCAUAUACUAAACAUACAUACCCGGGUCGACCUCGGUCAAUUGUGACCGUGGAUGUUAAGAGUUGGAUCAGGUCAGGUUUGGGGUCCUGCCAUGAAAAUUCUACAAGAAUCUGAUGUCGGACGUUGGGUAGAUUCCCUAGAAGUUCAGGUCAGUCAACCCCGGCCAGAGUGUAGUUGCGGGGCUAGUUCUUGGCCCUGGCGCUCUAAGUACACUUCUUACGAUUCUGGGCAUAAGACCGUGCUGCUUGCACGGUCCGAUCCGCUCUGAAUCUCUCGACAGGUGCGCAUCGAUGCCUUAGGCUCGCUGGGCAGCUUCCUCAACUGAAGUUACCCGAGAUCCUUAGACAUACUUCUAACCUCCUGAGAACUUAUCAGUAGCGAGUCAAUCAGAGCACAUUGUAGAGGCGGGUCCGAAGAUUGGAGCAACAUAACUUGACAACUUGUGAUUAUGCCGUGAUCCUCACAUAAUUGGACGGCGCCUUUUCAAAAGCAAAAUGGCACGGCCACCCUUUUAAGGCAGCAGGUCAUACAGAAGCGUC